AUGGUCGAGCACGGGAAGCGAAAACUGCCUGAACCCGGCCCCCCGACCGACACUCUCGCACGCACCGUACGGUGGUCAAGCGGAUACGGCGUCUCGUCGAAAGGUUGUCGAGGAGAGGACUCUCGCGCCGAAAAGGUCGCCAACCUGGACUUUGAAGCCCGCGUACCGGUCCCCUUUAGUAUCUUCCCUCGGACAUACAAGGAGACUGAGGUAGAGACCACCACCCACACUCACGAAGAGAUUCAGAUCGAUCUCCCCGGAAAACCAGAGAAAGCCGGACGGGAAGGUCAAUACUCUUCUAUCUCUGCUUCAGCUCAGUUACCGCCGCCGCGUCCAGAGCCACACUUCAGCGAAGAAGAGGUCCGCAUCACACGUGAAGAAGAACGUUACCGCCGUCCCGGUGCCCACCGUGAGCAUUACGAGGAGCACAGACCUCACACUUCUCACACUGAAUCUCAUUUCAAGCCCAAGCACUCUCGUCCUUCAUCUUCUUUCUCUUACGCAGAGACUUCAAUUGAGGUCGACCGCCACAAUCCCCACCUUAGUUCCAUUGACCGCAUCGAACGUGAGUAUCGCGCUCGAGCUCAACCAUCCGUCUAUAAAGACAACAUCAGCGUAGCUGCCAGUACUGUCGACCCUCCCAGGCCAGUCUCUCACUUCGCCACCGAGCAUACUCACGUCUCUGAGUCUACUAUCGACCCUCCCAAGUCUUUCCCCAGCUUCACAGAGGAAAUCCGCGUCAGCGAAUCAACUGUUGAUCCCCCUAAGGCCGGUUCAUCCUACCACAGGGACGCAGAAAUUGCCGAGGAAACCGUAGAGUAUCCUCGACAGCCUCCUAGCCCUAGCUCUAAGAAGAGUAGAAUGGGAUAUUACGACUCAAACGGACACCACCACUCACUUCGUGAAGGAUUACACAAGAUGGCUGACCGUGUCUUCCACUCCGAGGGCGAGCGUGCCGAGAUCUCUCGUGCCUCUAGCUCCAAGUCCAACGGAGCUCCUUCCAUUCCUAACACUGUUACCAUCCCCUGCCACCAUGUCCGCAUGGGUGACAUUUUGAUCCUCCAGGGUCGCCCCUGCCAGGUCAUCCGCAUCUCGACCUCGUCGGCUACUGGCCAGCACCGUUACCUCGGUGUCGACCUCUUCACCAAGCAGCUCCACGAAGAGUCUUCUUUCGUCUCCAACCCUGCUCCCAGCGUUGUGGUCCAGACCAUGCUCGGUCCCGUCUUCAAGCAAUACCGUGUCCUCGACAUCCAGGAUGGUUCCGUCGUCGCCAUGACCGAGACUGGUGAUGUCAAGACCGGUGUCCCCGUCAUUGACCAGUCCAACCUAUGGCAGCGCCUUACCCAGGCUUUCAACGCCGGCCACGGCAGUGUCCGUGUUCUCGUGCUGAACGAUGGUGGUCGUGAGCUCGUUGUUGACAUGAAGGUCAUCCACGCCUCCAGCUUGUAA